AUGGACACGUUGUGGGUAUUCGCAGUUGUUAUCGGUGUGGUAGCUGGCGAUGUGGGCCUGGGCUACCACUACAAGGUACCCCAGACAUCCUAUGGAGUGCCAACUUACCAGGGCAGUGCUGGAAGCAGUGGCUACAACAAUGGCUUGGGCGUAGGCUCCGGCAGCAACUACAACCAAUACGCCGGCGGUCUCGGUUCUGGCUCCAACUAUUUCGCUACGCAGUCUGGCCUCGGACAAUCGACCGUUGCCCAGUCCAGCAUUGGGCAGUCCACUUUAGGGCAGUCGAGCAUUGGACAGACCAGUGGUUUACCGAGCGGCGAACUCAGCUCCGUCUUCGGCCAGAACACCGGCUACGUGAGCGGAUUCCAGAGCACCGGAAACGCCGCGAGCGCCGCAGCUGGCGCCGAGGCGAACAAAAACUUCUUCCAAAGCGGUUUCAUCCAGCCCACCUACCAGACGGGCGAUUACUCCGCGUUCAACCAGUUCCAGUCCAGCCAGUACCAAGCCAGCGCCGCCGACAAGUACCAGCAGUACUACGACGUGAUCCAACAGCAACCCGCUCAGGUGUUCAAGCAUUACUACGUGCACGCUGCGCCCGAAGAGCCCGAAUCGCCGAAAUCACGUCAGCCAAUCGUCUUGCCACCGCCGCAGAAGCACUACAAGAUCAUCUUCAUCAAGGCACCGUCCACACCGGCGCAGGCGCCGCAGAUCAUCCCCGUGCAGUCGCAGAACGAAGAGAAGACCAUUGUCUACGUGCUCGUGAAGAAACCAGAGGAUGCGCAGAACAUUGUGCUGCCCAAGAUCGAGCAAAAGCCACCCACCAAGCCCGAGGUGUACUUCAUCAAAUAUAACAACAAACAGGACUCGCAGGCAGUCAUCAAUGACAUUGUGUCCGACCUAAACAAAGGUGGUGGCGCUAAUGUUGGCUACUCCGCAGUUGAUGCGUCAAAUCAAGGAAGCGUGUCUGCGGGGCCGUUCGGACAAGGCCUCAGUUUGUCUGAGAACCAGGGUUCAUCGUCGAACUUCGAUUCAUCGAGUUCCUUGGGCUCAGCCACGUUUGGUUCUGGAUUGGGCAGCUCCAGUGCCUUUAGUUCCGUCACAAGUGCCCCCACUUCAUUUGAUUCAAACUCCGGCGGGUCGUCCGGUACGUUCGGGUCAUCGUUUGGAUCAUCAUCGAACGGGUUCGGAGUUUACGACGGCGCCAAGGGUCAGACGUUGGCCGUGUCGACUGUCGACGGCGGCUCCGACAGCGGCUAUGACAGCUCAUCCGGUUCCAGCGUCUCUUCCACCGCCAGCACCAUCGGCGGCUACGACGCGAGCGCAAUCUCCACUAGUCAAGGCAUCCCCCACGAGUCUUACGGACCACCCAAGUUCAAAGUUCUU